AUGAUCCGGACAGGAGUGAGUGUCUGCUGUCUGGUGUUCCUCCUCUCCUCCACCCUCCACACAGGUCAGAAAACAACUUAAAAACUUCACCUUUAAAAACAGAUUAAUGAGGGUUUUAAAGUCAGACUGAAGGAGUUUAACUAAAACCGGUUUCUGUUCUGGUAUGCACCGAUUCAGCUGGCUGCAAACCGAAAGUAUCGCCGUGUUUGUCUCUGGUUUUAAUAACUCUUUUAAUCGUUUUUUUAAGCUCAUCUUUCACAUGAGGGUGUGUUUGAUUCCUUCACAGGGCUGUCCGGUCCGCUGGCCGGUAAGGAAGCCUGGGACUAUGUGGAGGUGAGGGACGGGGCCCACAUGUUCUGGUGGCUCUAUUAUGCUGACAGUCAGUCUGCAGACUUCAGGGAUCUUCCUCUGGUCAUGUGGCUUCAGGUGGGAACUCUGCUGACACUAAGAGUUUAAAGGUCCACAACAGGGAGUUUGUACAGUAUUAAACCUACUAAAGAGUUUCAGACAGACUCAAGAGUUCAUGAUGUGAUUCUGACACCAAACACCUCAAUGUACUAAUUUCUGGAUAACUGCAUCUUAUCAUUUUACUGUAAUAUUAUAGUUAAAAGAUUUCUCCCUUCCUCUUUUAGUAUGAAAACAAACUCCUCUCUUUACUUUGGAACUGUUAUGUUUUGUUCAGGAGGACAGAAAAAUGAGUUUGUUGCCUGUUUGCAAAAAAAAAAAGAAGAUGAAUCUGGUUUUGGUUUUGGAGGCGGGGCUUCUUGGUGUUUUUCCCAGGCUGGUCAACACUCACCGGGGUCUUUUUGGGCGUCACAGUCGGACUGUUUCCCUUCACCUCCUUUUUUGUUCUCUUUCUUUUUGAGAUUUUUAGUUGAUUUUUUUUUUUUUUUAUUCCUCUCAUCCACAUCAGCUUGCUUGGCAUUCCUCUUCUGGCUUCCCUCGCUCCUUUUUCUUCUUUUUUAUAUUUUCUAUAUUUAUCUAUUUAUUUUUUAGUUUUAAUACAGAUGCUUUAAAACUGACAGUUUAAAAAAAAAAUCGGGAUAAUAAUCGAGAUCGGACGAUAUGACAAAGUAUAUCGUGAUCAUCUUUUUGGCCAAAUCGCCCAGGCCUACUCUUUUACAUUCAGCACAAAGUUCAGAGAAACAGGAGUGCAUGAUAAUAGUACAUUUGUUAGUACAUUCCAUCAGUAAAUUUUGUUUAGUGCAAAUUGAAGUCCUUCCAGAGCGAGAGAGGUCCUCACUUUGACGCUCACCCUGCGCAGAUUAUAAUUUGCAGAAUCAUCCUUUCAUGUAUCGCUCAGGUUAUUGAGCAGCUGUGGAAACGAGCAGAUGAGACCCCAGCUCUGCAGCCUGUAUUGAGAUAAGAAGAACUUUAUUGAUCCUCAUGUGGAAAUUCAAUAAAGUUCUUCUUAUCUUAUCUUAUUACAAUGUUUAGAAACAUGACGGUAUGUGAGCAGGUUUGACAGGUUUGUGGUUUAAAAAAAAAAGCUCACAUACUUCUGAAAACUGUGUAAAUGUUUAAAAAUAACAUGGUGUGAAUGAUCUGAUAUUCAAGUCUGUGUGACUGUGACUGUUUCACAACGCAGAAGAGGAACUGCUUUAUUUUGGUGUUUGUGUCCUUGUGCUGGUGAUGAUGACUGAGCAUGAUGAGGAUGAUUUUACAUCUUCAGGGCGGACCUGGAGGAUCAGGAAGUGGAUUUGGCAACUUUGAGGAGAUCGGACCUUUAAACAGAAACCUGGAGCCCAGAAAGACCAGCUGGGUACGAUAACACGGUGAUUUUUAAAGUCUUAAAGCAGUUAAUCAGCGUAAAGCACCAGUACCAUGUAUCCCCUCUCUGUUGACUCGCAGGUCCAGGCAGCCAGCGUGUUAUUCGUGGAUAAUCCUGUGGGCACCGGCUUCAGCUACGCGGACGGACCGGACAAAUUUGCGACCAAUGUGGCCACGGUGGCCUCGGACAUGCUGGUGCUGCUGCGACACUUCUUCACGGAGAAGAAGGAGUUUCAGGUAAAACCAGCGAGCCUGGUCCUGUUCCCGGUCAAAGACAGUUCCUCACAUUAACAGAUCUGCAGCUGUAACUCUUCAAUUCUUCUGCAGAGCGUCCCCUUCUACAUCUUCUCUGAGUCAUACGGAGGAAAGAUGGCCGCUGCCAUCUCCUUGGAACUCUCUAAAGUAAGCUCACUACUCUCGCAGUCUCACUUCUCCUUCUGACAUCCUCUUUGAGAAGUCCCUGAAUCAAAAACUGUGUCACAUGAUGGCGGAGAAGGAAAUAUCAUGAACCUGAGAGCAGUUUAAUACCUGAGGUGUAAUGAAAUGUGGCGUUCAAGAGCUGCUGCAGUCAUGGUGAAAAGUUCAGGGUUCCUUUUUUCUAAGUGUUUGUAUUUCAGUGACAUUCCUCUCAUGCUGUCUGAAUUUGCAGACAGAGAAACUGAAAACAUCUAAAGAUCGACUAAAUGUAAACCCACUCUUGUGUCUUUUUAGGCCAUCGCACAGGGAACCGUGAAGUGCAACUUUGCUGGUGUGGCGCUGGGAGACUCUUGGAUUUCUCCUCUGGGUCAGUAUCAGUCAGUCCUCUGUAGACCUGAUGACGGCAUCAGACAAGGAAACCUGCGUGGUUAUGACAAAUACGGCGGUUAUAAAACAUCAGAAUCAUCACGAUGCACGAACAACAUUUAGCCUCUAUUGAUCGGGUUAUCAACAACAUGACAAGACAUGAUUAUAAGAACAUAAGAGCAGGUAACAGAGAGUUAAAUUCUGUUUAUUUAUUUAUUAAAAGGAUUAAGUCGAUACAAAAUUCUCCAUAAUUUCACAGAGGAAUUAACGCAGUGACUUUGUCAAACCAAAGUUCAUUAAAUACAUAGAAAAGCAGUAAAUCCGUUCAUUUAAUUACCAGUUAAUGUUUUUAUUUAUCGCUUGAAAAGAUUAAUCCUUUGAUUUUUAAUGUUAACAGUUUAAGUCACUCAGUCACUGGGGUAAUCGAGGGAACGUUAAACCAUUUAUCGACAUUAUUCUGAAUGGACUUAAAAAUCAGAUUUUUCUCAGUAUGUGUUGUUGUGUACUCACUCUGCAAAACCAGCCUGUUUCUAAUCCUCUUAUUAUUUCCUCCAAUAUUAUUUUUUUUUUAUAACUUGAAAAUCUAAUUUUACCACUUUCUUCCACAGACUCUGUGAUCACCUGGGGACCGUACCUCUACACCACUGUGAGUAACGAACAGACUCCCAGGAAGGCGGUUAAGCUGCUAACUACGACACGUUAAUAAAGCUUCUUCCUGUUUCUGCUGCUUUGUUCAGUCUCUGUUGGAUGAUUUCGGCCUGGCGGACGUCAGCAGCGCGGCGGAGGCGGUGAAGAAAGCGGUGGAGCAGGAGCAGUUUGAGAAAGCUACAGAGCUGUGGUCGGUGGCUGAGACGGUGGUGGAGCAGGUGAGCACGACGAACGCCGAACAUGACGAGGAAAAACAGAUUUUCAAAGUUUAGCUAAGAAGUUAAAGCCCAUGUUCAGAUGCAGACUGACUGUAAACAGAGAUUUUCUAUAUGCUGGGAUGUGCUAAGGUUUUUUUGUUAAAGGGAUAUUCUGCUGUAAAAUUAAUUUAGAGUCAAACACACCUUAACACUGAGUUAGACCCCCCCUCCAGAGAUGAAUGUUGUCGACCGUUUGCUUCUCCAGUUAUACCAACUUUAGUAACGACCGCAGGAUAGAAAUACAGAGAGCCACGCCCCCAACCAAAACGCCACUCUAUAGCCACAAAUAAUGCUCAGAACAGCACCUAACUUCAUCAACAGGACAUAUAGGGUCACAGACAUAGUACUAUAUUCAGAGUUGUUUUUAUUGAGCCAAUUUAUCAAUAAAAUCAUGAUUUUGUUAAAAGGUAUGGAUAUAUGUGCUGUCAAGUUAAUAUAUUUGAACAAGAGCACAGUAAAGUUAAAUCAGCUAAUUUUCCAAUGAGGUUCUGUUACUAAACGGAACUACACCAUGAUGUACUCAGGUUAGUACAUAAAUUUAUGAUCAUAAAUGUUCUUCCUUGAGCUGCGGCACCCCGCUGUAGUCCGUAAUGGACUGGCCUGAGGUCUCACUACAAACACGUGUCUGCUGGAAGAGAGUAGGUGAGUUGUGUUUAGUCUCUUUGCUAAAGAAAUGAGUCAAAGUUAAAAAGAUGUUUGGUGUCUAGUACUAUGGCUGUGACCCUAUAUGUCCUGUUGAUGAAGUUAGAUGCUGUUCUGAGCAAGCGGUUGACAACAUUCAUCUCUGCAGGGGGGGGUCUAACUCGGUGUUACGGCGUGUUUGACCCUAAAUUAAUUUAAAUUAAGACGGAUUAUCCCUUUUUAAAGCUGGAUUCUGAUGAACACCAUCAAACCUCCAUCUUUACAGACAGGUCAGUUUUCAGCGAUUAUGUGGUUUGAUGUCUUCCUGUUUUUAUGUCAGAACACAAAUGGAGUCAACUUCUACAACAUCCUGACCCAGGAGCCGGAUGAGAAGGUCGUGGCCUUGGCUGGAGAAGACUACAUCUGUAGGACUCUGCUCUGCUGUUUGAUUUAAUAAAGUUAAAACCUGUUUGAUCUUUGACCUUAAACCUUAAGUCUCCCUUCAUCAGCUCUGCAGACACGUCGUCAUAUCCGACCCCUCCACGGCCAAUCAUUGAGUGAGCUGAUGAAUGGACCAAUCAGGAAGAAGCUGGGCAUCAUCCCCCAGAAUGUCACCUGGGGAGGUAAUUUUAACUCUUUUUAUUUACUGAAAGUUUCUGAAACAGCAUUUCUUCUUCUUCUUUUUAAACCUGUUUUCUGUGUUUGUGAUGGAUUCAGGCCAGGCAGAGGAAGUCUUCAGCAGCAUGGCAGGAGACUUCAUGAGGCCAGUGGUGGAUGUAGUCGAUCAGCUGCUCGAAGCCGGAGUCAACGUCACCGUCUACAACGGCCAGCUGGAUCUCAUCGUGGACACCAUGGGUAACUCAUCAGUGUGACUCUGCAGCGAUCAAGAGUACCUUUAGUCUAAACAAACUCAUGAAUGUCUGGAUUUUUUUUACAGGUCAGGAGCUGUGGGUGAAGAAGCUGAAGUGGGAGGGGCUCCCUGGAUUUAACAAGUUAAGGUGGACACCCCUGGAUGACCCCGUGUCCCCUGGAGUUACUGGAGCUUUUUACAAAACAUACAAAAACUUUUCCUUCUAUUGGAUCCUUAAAGCUGGUCACAUGGUAAGACCUGGAGAAUAUUUACUCUUUCAGCUCUAAAUCCAAAAGUAAUUCAAGUAUUAAAUUGUCUUUUUUUAACUUUGCUCCUCAGAUCCCCUCCGAUCAGGGACCCAUGGCCUUACAGAUGCUGAAGAUGAUCAUCCAGCAGGACUGA